UCGGGCUGGGCGCGGUGAAUCCGGGCGGAGAUAACAACAGAAACAACCACAAACACAGACAGAACCGCCGCAAACGUCCGCACAGCCGCCAUCUUGGGAGGGGUGACCUGGGGUUAGAGGGGAAAGGUCACCACGAGGUUCAGCGAUCUUUUGCAGCAGGUCACAGGUCACACCAUGGAGGUCAGCACGACCCUCGACCUUUACCCGGACACGACGGUCAGCAUGGCACUGUUCUCGGGGGUCACCAAUGGGUCAGAGGUCAGAAGGAAAAUCAUGGACGGGACGAUAGCGGCUGCCGUCAUCAACGCACAGAUGGUUUGUGAUCCUUUCCAAGUCCUGGUUGCAGUGAACAAAGCCGUCCAUCUGGACAAACUGGACAAGAAGAAAACUAAAACUGUGUUUGGGGAGAUCCUGUUUAACCUGUCGCCUGGCAACAAUAUCCUUGCUGCGUACCAGAAGUUCGGAGUUCAGGACGCGGAAAGUCAGGACGUCCUUGUGGUCCUUCUGAACGACCUUCAAGGUGAGCAGCUGCAGCAGGUCUCCGGCAUCAUCCAGGGUACCCGUAUCCCCCUUGAGAGCCUCAAGGACAUCAGGGAUGAGCAACAAAUAAUCAAGCUGUACAAGAUUUCUGAGUCAGAGCGGAGCGUGGGUCGGCUUGAGGAGGUGGUGGUCUGCAGGAUGGCGACGAAAGACGCAGGAUAGCUGAACUUAAGGAGCUACUCAAGACGCAGGAUAGCCGGACUAAAGGAGCAACUCAAGACACUGGAUAGCCGGACUUAAGGAGCAACUCAAGGAGCUGGAUGGGAACUUAAGAUUCUAUACAUAUUGAAGGUAGACACCGAAUUGGAACCUGGUAACUCAGAUCUUUGUUUGGAAAUAUAACUUCUGUUUUGUUUACCUGAUCUUUCGUUGGGAUUUUCUCGUCCAAAGUGUCGACACGAUUGAAGUUAAUUUGGUUUUGUUAACGUUAAUGUUCGGGGUUCUCCCCCCAGGGGGCUUUGAAGAAUGCCACUAGGCGACAUGCUCUCAACGUCGUUGGUUAACUAAACAAUAAAAAAGGAACAAACAGA